AUGGACGACGAAGAAGAUGACUUUUAUGAUCCCGUGGACGCAGUGCCGACAACACAAUCGCAGAUACACCAACAAAAUGCACCAGGUCAACCACAGGAGAACGAUUACAUGGACGAGGAUGAGGUAGAAGAGGAGGAGGAAGAUGAUGACGAUUUCAAUAUUAUCACAGAGGCCCCCGAAGGCGCACCCGCUCCCGAACCCUCCCAUCCGCGCCAUGCAACCCUGCGACAAGAACCACAACGUCCAUCAUCCGUCGACUCAUCCGGGGUAACGAGAUCUGCGACGCCAUCCGCGAUCCCUCGAUACGAAACAGCGACCCCGAUACCCGGACAGCCAGCCGCCGUGAAACCCUCCUCAGAAAAGCCAGGCUCUGCCUAUCCCGCUAUCCAUAGCUCAACCAUCGAUGUCAAUGCAAACCCUAUUCAUCCCAUGACAGGGAAGCCGAUCAUGUCGACGGACAUGGAUGCAGACUUCCCAUCUGAUGACAAGCCUUGGCGACGACCCGGGUCAGAUCUCUCGGAUUACUUUAACUACGGAUUCGAUGAGUUCACAUGGGCGGGCUACUGUAUCAAACAACAAGGAGUGCGACAAGAAGUUGGUGCUCAGAAGCGACAAAUGGACGAUAUGCAGGCCUUCAUGGGUAUGGGCAUGCCCCCGAUGCCUGGUGCACCGGGCCCCGCUGCUCCAGCUACUGCUGCACCGCCCAUGGCUGGUAUGGCUGGUAUGCCGGAUAUGAACCCCGACAUGAUGCAAGGUAUGCUGGCAAGCAUGAUGUCCCAGGGCUUGGAUCCGUCUUCCAUGGACCCCAUGGCUUUCAUGCAGCACGCGCAAUCCAUGAUGCCUGGUGGUGGUCAGCAGGCUCAACCUGGCUUCGGUGGACAGCCCCAGGGCCAAGGUUUCAACCAAGGAGGCCAGGGUCAAAUGGGUUACGGUGGAUACGAUCAGCGCGGAGGUUAUGGGGGACGGGGACGCGGCCGGAGAUGGUAG